AAUUAUGUAGAUCUCCCAAGCAUUGUAGCCAAUGAGCUAAGCCAGGACUCUUAGUGGAGAGGAAAAUAGUUAAUAGGCUGGCUGUCGCUCUGGAUUGCUGCAUAAAUGCUAGGAGCAGCAGCUCUAUGGUUAUGAGGUGGGGAGAGCAGGAUGACGUCAUCGCUUCGGAGCUGCUGCAGGAUGGAGUGGAAAGCUGCUGCUGAUGGCAUUGUUUUUGUGGCAGCAGCUGAAUGACAGAUCCUCACUACAAAGAUACCCCUUUGGCCCCUGUGUAGGCCUCCUGGUUCGGGUGUUUCACCAUGCCAGCACAGCGCCAUGAGUCCUGGAUGCAUGCUGCUGUUUGUGUUUGGCUUUGUUGGCGGGGCGGUGGUCAUUAAUUCUGCUAUCUUAGUAUCUCUCUCUGUUUUGCUGCUUGUGCACUUUUCUAUUUCUACCGGUGUGCCAGCUCUGACGCAGAACCUACCAAGGAUACUCAGAAAAGAACGCCCUAUAUCAUUAGGGAUUUUCCCAUUACCUGCUGGAGACGGAUUGCUUACACCUGACACUCAGAAAGGCGGAGAGACCCCUGGAUCAGACCAAUGGAAAUUUCAGGAAUUAAGUCAACCACGUUCUCAUACCAGCCUAAAGGAUGAGCUUUCUGAUGUUAGCCAAGGAGGAUCUAAAGCUACCACUCCAGCAUCAACAGCUGCAUCAGAUGUGGCCACAAUUCCUACGGAUACGCCCUUAAAAGAAGAUAAUGAAGGAUUUGUGAAGAUUGUAGAUACACCAAAUAAAUCAGAGAUAAGCAAGCAUAUUGAAGUACAGGUAGCCCAGGAAACUAGAAAUGUUUCAACAGGCUCUGCUGAAAAUGAAGAGAAGUCAGAAGUUCAAGCAAUCAUUGAAUCCACUCCUGAGUUGGAUAUGGACAAAGAUCUCAGUGGAUAUAAAGGCUCAAGCACUCCCACCAAAGGCAUAGAGAACAAAGCUUUUGAUCGUAAUACAGAAUCUCUCUUUGAAGAACUGUCUUCAGCCGGCUCAGGACUAAUUGGAGAUGUGGAUGAAGGAGCAGAUUUACUAGGAAUGGGUCGUGAAGUUGAGAAUCUUAUAUUAGAAAAUACACAACUGUUGGAAACCAAACAUGCUUUGAAUGUAGUGAAGAAUGACUUGAUAGCGAAGGUGGAUGAGCUGACCUGCGAGAAGGAUGUGCUGCAGGGGGAGCUGGAGGCAGUAAAGCAAGCCAAGCUGAAGCUUGAGGAGAAGAACAAGGAGCUGGAGGAGGAGCUUAGGAAAGCUCGCGCAGAAGCCGAAGAUGCACGGCAAAAAGCAAAAGAUGAUGAUGAUAGUGAUAUUCCCACAGCUCAGAGGAAGCGGUUUACUAGAGUAGAAAUGGCCCGUGUUCUAAUGGAGAGAAACCAAUAUAAAGAGAGAUUGAUGGAGCUUCAGGAAGCUGUUCGAUGGACAGAGAUGAUUCGUGCAUCAAGAGAAAAUCCAGCCAUGCAGGAAAAAAAAAGGUCAAGCAUUUGGCAGUUUUUCAGCCGACUUUUCAGCUCCUCAAGUAAUACUACUAAGAAGCCUGAGCCACCUGUUAAUUUGAAAUACAAUGCACCCACCUCUCAUGUUACUCCUUCCGUCAAGAAAAGAAGCAGCACCUUGUCUCAGCUCCCUGGGGAUAAGUCCAAAGCCUUUGAUUUCCUUAGCGAAGAAACUGAAGCUAGUUUAGCUUCGCGCAGAGAACAGAAGAGAGAACAGUAUCGGCAGGUAAAGGCACACGUUCAGAAGGAAGAUGGUAGAGUGCAGGCUUUUGGCUGGAGUCUGCCUCAAAAGUACAAACAGAUAACCAAUGGCCAAGGGGAAAAUAAGAUGAAAAAUCUACCUGUGCCCGUCUAUCUCAGACCUCUAGAUGAAAAAGAUACGUCAAUGAAGCUGUGGUGUGCUGUUGGAGUUAAUUUAUCAGGUGGGAAGACCAGAGAUGGUGGUUCUGUUGUUGGAGCAAGUGUAUUUUACAAGGAUGUUGCUGGUUUGGAUACAGAGGGCAGUAAACAGCGAAGUGCGUCGCAGAGUAGCUUAGACAAGUUAGACCAGGAACUUAAGGAGCAGCAGAUGGAGUUAAAAAAUCAAGAAGAAUUAUCCAGUCUAGUCUGGAUCUGUACCAGCACUCAUUCAGCUACAAAAGUUAUCAUUAUUGAUGCUGUUCAACCAGGCAACAUCCUAGACAGUUUCACUGUUUGCAACUCUCAUGUUCUGUGCAUAGCAAGUGUACCAGGAGCAAGAGAAACAGACUACCCUGCAGGAGAAGAACUUUCAGAAUCUGGCCAGGUAGACAAAGCAUCUUUAUGUGGCAGCAUGACCAGCAAUAGCUCAGCAGAGACAGACAGCCUGUUGGGGGGCAUCACAGUGGUUGGUUGUUCUACAGAAGGUGUGACAGCAGCUGCCACUUCCCCUAGUGCCAACGGUGCUUCUCCAGUGAUGGAAAAACCACCAGAAAAGGAAGCAGAAAAUAGUGAGGUUGAUGAAAAUGUUCCAACAGCAGAAGAAGCAACUGAAGCCACCGAAGGCAAUGCAGGGUCAGCUGAAGACACCGUGGACAUCUCCCAGCCUGGCGUGUACACAGAGCACGUCUUUACAGAUCCUCUGGGAGUUCAAAUCCCAGAAGACCUCUCGCCAGUGUAUCAGUCAAGUGACUCAGAUGCAUAUAAAGAUCAAUUAUCAGUCUUGCCAAAUGAACAAGACCUGGUGAGAGAAGAAGCCCAGAAAAUGAGUAGCCUUCUACCAACUAUGUGGCUUGGAGCUCAGAAUGGCUGUUUGUAUGUGCAUUCAUCUGUAGCCCAGUGGAGGAAAUGUCUCCAUUCUAUUAAACUUAAAGAUUCGAUUCUCAGUAUUGUACACGUGAAAGGAAUUGUGUUAGUGGCCCUGGCUGAUGGCACCCUUGCAAUCUUUCACAGAGGAGUUGAUGGUCAGUGGGAUUUGUCAAACUAUCACCUGUUAGACCUUGGACGGCCUCACCAUUCCAUCCGGUGCAUGACUGUGGUACAUGACAAAGUCUGGUGUGGCUAUAGGAACAAAAUCUAUGUGGUUCAGCCAAAGGCUAUGAAAAUAGAGAAAUCAUUUGACGCACAUCCCAGGAAGGAGAGCCAGGUGCGGCAGCUUGCAUGGGUGGGUGACGGUGUGUGGGUCUCCAUUCGUUUGGAUUCCACACUUCGUCUCUAUCACGCACACACUUACCAGCACCUACAGGAUGUGGACAUUGAGCCUUACGUAAGCAAAAUGUUAGGUACUGGAAAACUGGGCUUCUCUUUUGUGAGGAUCACAGCUCUUAUGGUGUCUUGCAAUCGUUUGUGGGUGGGGACAGGAAACGGUGUCAUUAUCUCCAUCCCAUUGACAGAAACCGUAAUCCUCCACCAGGGACGCUUACUGGGGCUGAGGGCAAAUAAAACCUCAGGAGCACCGGGAAAUCGUCCUGGAAGUGUAAUCCGUGUGUAUGGUGAUGAAAACAGCGAUAAAGUGACGCCGGGGACAUUUAUACCCUAUUGUUCAAUGGCACACGCACAGCUUUGCUUCCAUGGGCACCGGGAUGCUGUGAAAUUCUUUGUGGCGGUCCCAGGUCAAGUCGUCAGCUCACAAAGUGGCAGUAGUGGCACAGAUCUAACAGGUGACAAGGCAGGGCCAUCUACACAGGAGCCUGGCAGCCAAACGCCCUUGAAGUCUAUGCUCGUCAUCAGCGGAGGAGAGGGCUACAUUGACUUCCGAAUGGGUGAUGAAGGUGGAGAAUCAGAACUUCUUGGAGAGGAUCUUCCACUUGAACCUUCUGUCGCCAAAGCAGAAAGGAGUCACCUGAUCGUGUGGCAAGUGCUGUACGGCAGUGAGUGAGCACAUAGGAAACAGGUGGAGACGGGGAAGCUGUCUCUUCUGCAUGGUUUAGUUUCCCUUUGCCCCUUUAUUUCAUGCUCUCUGUGUGAAAGAAGUUUCACCACAUAAUGUGUGAGCAUUUUUUUUCCUGUUAACUCUAUAUUACAGAACCUGUCCCACCGUAACAGUACAGGAGCUGCUGUGUUACUGCACCAGCGUUCUGGGCAAGUUCAGUAUGUUAUGAACAAAUCAAAGAAGGUUUCCUUUCUGCAAACUGGUGAAUUAUAGAAAGCAAUCCAGAUGUGGUUCACUCUGCCACAGUUCAUGUCACUCACUUUGUUUGAUGGGGUCACUUUUUAGCUGUCACUAAUAAUGGAAUUAAUGGGAACACUUGAUAACUGAAAUUGUACCAUUAAGUACAAUAAUAAAGUUGUCCCCAAUGUAUUAUAAAAUUGACACAAACUAGGAUCAGGUGGAUUAUCAGGAUUUCUCUAAAUGUCCCAGGGGGCUAAAAGCUAACUGUAAAUGACUUUCACUUUCAAAUCUGACAAAUCUUGUUUAUAUGGUAUAUACAACCUUGUUUUCAUCAGAUUCGGGGGGGUUUUAUAUUAAAGAAAUUAAGACUACACUAUUUAAAUAAAAGUUUCCUGUUUCUGACUUAUUAGAGCUCUAAAGUUUAUGAGGCCUGCUCUGAAUAUUCUGAUUAUUGUUAUUUUUCGAGACUAGUCUUACUCAUUUUCAUACUGACGUGUCUGAAAGAUUUAUUAUUUAUAAGGCUCAGAAGAUCACUUCAACAAUGGGAGGAUUUUUUUUUUUUUUUAAGGAAAUUGUGUUUUGGGUUCCUAUAUCAAUGAAUGGUGGUGGUUGGUUGAGUUUUUUUUUUUCCAUGUAAAAAAUUCACCUAUUUACCAAUUGUUCUUGGACUGCUCUUAACCAGUAAUUAAGAGUAAAGCUGCAGUAGAGAUAGAGUGGCCUGUGAACCGAGUAAGGGAUUUGGUGAGCAACAGUAUUUUCUCUUGUUCUGUGUAAAACUACAGAAUAGCUAGCACUUGAUAUUUUGUAUGUAAAUGACACCUUUAAGCUUUUGUGCUCUUUUGAGAUUGAAAUGCCAUCUUCAAAGAGGAAAACUAUGAAGGGGGAGAAGACAAAGCCAAGAUACCAUAAAGUAAAACCUGUGACAUGUUCAUCUUCUUGCACGUUACACCCCCCACCCCCCGUUUAAAAAACCAAGUCUGGGUUUAACUGAUUUUCUUGUUUCAUAAGUUUUCAAAACCAUUAUGCUGCAGUUUUCCCCUCUCCAGCUUCUUGAAAAUGUGUGAUUUACAUUUCUUUAAGCAAAACUAAAUGUAAAUUUAAGUGUUAUUUUAAAAAUCUUAGCCUGUUGAAUAAAGGCCCCCAGUUAUCAGAAGAAAAAGUAAGCAAACACAGGCCUCAGACUGUGUAAGUGUUCUUAAGUGCCAGGGAUUUGUUCUUUCUGAAUGUCAUGCAUAGUUGUAAAAAGUAUGCCACUGUCCUUCAAGCGUCUACAGGAUUAAGCUAGAUUAUAAAUACGUGGGAUUUGAUGAGCUGGAGGAGGCCUUUGGAUCCAUGUGGCCACAUGUGUCCAUAAGCACAUUGUGUACACAGUAAAAUUGUGGCCACUUUAGAUGGCCAGAAGGAAAAACUCCUUUGGUAGAAGCUGUGCUAAAAGGGUAAUUUUUUGCUUGAGCCACUCAGUCACUUUUUUUCAAGGCAUCAAAAUUUAGGCCACUUAUCCAUAGCUUAGAAGCUAUGUUUUUAAUUUAAAUGUGAGCCAUCUUUGGCAAUACCUUAAAAAAAAAAACAACCCACAUCGUUAAACAUUUUUGGGGAAUGUUGUAUAAAUUCACAAAAAGGAGACACCAAAGUGUUUGGGAAUAUUAGUCCCAAGAAGUAAGCAUCCCAGAGUCAGACCCCAUUUGCUGUUCAGUCUCUUACGUGUUUGUAUGACCAAAUGUAAUUUAGGAAAUCAAAAGUUAAAGAUGAAAAAUGCAAACAUGUUACAAUGGUUCUGAUUGCUCUUUUUAAACUUAGUGGCUUUAACGUAAGGAAUAUAGGGGUGUAGCUAUUUUAUCUAAAGCUGUCAGAUUGUCUGUCACCCUGUUAAUUAACUUCAGGGACUAGAGAGAGUACAGAAAUGCCUGUACAAGUUGUUUUAAGGGCUUGUCCUUAAUUUGUAAUUUCAUUUAAAUAUUUUCCGCAGAUUGCUUUACUUCUGCCUUUUCCCCAAUAAUAGGCUUAUAUUCUUGUAACGUUCACUUUGGUCAAGGUGGUAACUUUAACUUCGGUAACCAAAAUGUAAGCUUCUUGCAAGCAGCAAAGUGGUUGGUAUACUGCCUGUAGCUACCAGCUCAAGGAUAGAGAAGAGUCUUGAAUAUCUUGGGUUGGUCUCUCCAUGUAAAAAAAUACAGAUUGCCCCUGGUUGGAAGAAAUAAGGGAUACCUGAGAAUUUUCUCAUUUUGUUAUGCUUGG